CAACUCAUGUGUGUGGUUUGGUUGGGAUGUUUUCCAGGGAAAUGGGGAACAAAUGUGUGUUUUCUUACCAGGACAGAAAUCUCUCUUUAUCCCUGCAUGUAAUCUUAAAAUUUCCCCUGACUUAGUUCAACUGCAUGCCUACAUGCAGACAGAAAACUUGAUUACUGUAAACCUCCAUGAAGGCUUGAUUAUGAUUGGGUUUACUGACACAGACCUGCCCACUAAAACACGUUUUCUAAUUGCUAGUAUCAGGAAAAAGAAGCAUUUUUGUUUUUUUGUUGUUUAAGCUUUUUCGAAUUGAUGUAUUUCCAAAGCAACAUUAUUCUUUAGGCUUUUCUCGUUAAGUACCCCACUACAUAAAUCGAGUAAUGUUUGCCUUAAUAACAACCUGUUCCGACCCCACCUCAGCAGCAAGGAAUUGUGGACAACAGGAACGCAAGGAAUACAAAGGAGAAAUCCUGCGUGCCCAGAUUCUGCUGCAGAGGAGAGAGCACCAGGAUGAGGAGACUGUAGGCACCCGCCAUAGUAUGGCCGCGUCCCGAUCCUCGCGUGUCACAAGGUCAUCAGUGGGGCUCAAUGGAUUGGAUGAAAACUUUUGUGGUCGAACCCUCAGGAACCGCAGCAUUGCCCAGCCGGAGGAGACCUCAGUGUCUCCGCUUCCAAGGGCCCGCUCGCCUAAGAAGAAGCAGGACACCAAGCAGCAGGAGUCUAAGCAGGACGCCAAGCAGGAUUCGAAACAGGACGCCAAACAGCAGGAAUCCAAGCAGGAGUCGAAACAGGACACCAAGCAGCAGGAGUCUAAGCAGGACAACAAACAAGAGGUUAGCGAGGAGUCAAAGGAGGAGUCCAAGCAGGACCGCAAGCAGGACCCGAAACCGGACAGCAGGCAGGAGUCGAAACAGAAUACCAAACAAGACGUUAAGCCGGAGUCAAAGCAGGACAACAAACAGGACGCAAAGCCAGACACUCAGCAGGACGGUGAGCAGCAGGUCUCGUUGCAGGGGAAGUUAACUGAUUUGAAUGCUUCUUCUGCUGAGGCAGAGCAAUGGACCAGCUCAAGGAAGCGUGGCGUGUCUUGUUUAGAAAAAGACAUAAGUCCCGAGAACUGUGAUAGAGGGAAGGGGGCACGUGAUAUCUGUACUCAAAUCAAAAGGGCCAAGCGGUGCUCCCGCUCUGGAGAUUCUCAGGGACAUGAGGAGGACCCUGUGCUUCUAAAAACUGAAAGUCCGGUAUCUGUCUUAGAGCCCUGCAAGGAUAGCAGUUGUGAAGAAUUUCCCAGCCAAAACUCUGCAAACACUUCUCCUGUCUCACCUGUCCUCAGUAAAGAGGAGGUUGAGCUGACAGGGGGGCAAGCAGAGGAUGGCCAUGUGGAGUGUGAUGGGGCAGCUCAGCCCCCGAAUGCUCAUAAGGCCUCAAAUGGACUCAAAGACAAUAAAGCAGAGGAAUCUUGCACACUCACUGAAGAGCCAAGUGCAAAUCCCUCCUCUGCCAACAACUGUCUGUCUCUGCUCAAUGGCAGUCAGACAGGGGCACCCUCAUCCCCUGACCCCACCGUGCCUUAGAACUCUGUCCCUGUGCAGACGGAGGUCCCUUGCUCAGAGGACUUACCUGCCUCAUCUGCGCCGAAUUUAGAGGCUGUUUCAGAGGAAUCUGUCCCUGAGUUGAUAGUGGCUGAGGAGCAUGAGGUGGAGGAGGUUGAGGUUGAUGUGGUGGGCAACCCGUUGUGUCUUGCCCAUGAGGAACAGGUGAUGGAGACUGAGAACAAUACCAAUGGUCGGCCACUAACACCGGUGCAGGAAGCUUCUGCCUCCACAUCCUCCAAUACCACCAAUAUGAACAAUAGUCCAAUCAACAACAACAGCAACUCAGGAGAAACUACACCCCCACUAGCAACAACCCCCUCCCCCACAGAGCCAGAGUGCACCCCCUCAAUAUCCAGCACACCUCCCUCUUUCACAGAGCUCUAUGAACACAGAUACACCCUGCGGACUUCACCCAGGAGGGCUGCCAGUGGUGGCAAGGCCUCCUCCUCUAAGCUCAGCUCUCCUCCCAGAGACAAUGGUCCCUUGAGGGAAGAGGGGGAGGUUGUGGUUGGACUGGAGGAGGACUGCCCUAUGGUUGAGGAACCUGCUCCCUCAGAGUUUAUUGGCCCCUCCAUUGAGGAGCUAGUUUGUGUGGAUCCUGGGGACAGGACAGGUGGUGAGGAGGUUGGGCUUGUGGAGAGCAAAGAGGCUGGAAAAAGCAAGGCGCUGACAAAGAGUCAGGCUGCAGAAGAGGAGGAGGAGGAGGAGGAAGAAGAAGAGGAGGAGGAGGAGGAGGAGGAGGAGGAGCCUGAUGUGUAUUACUUUGAGUCAGACCACCUGGCACUUAAACACAACAAAGAUUAUCAGAGGCUGCUGCAGACUAUCGGAGUUCUCGAGGCCCAGCGUACACAGGCCAUCCUGGACCUGGAGACGCUGGCGCGUCAGCAGAGAGAGGCACUUGCCGAUCCCAUCAGCUUUGUAGAGCAGCUACAGAAACAGGUGAGUUUGGGCUUGCCGUGUCCUCAGCGAGUCGUCCAGCUCCCUGACGUUGCGUGGGAGCAGUACACGUCAGGCCUCGGUGACUUUGAGAGAGAGUUCUGUGACAAGAAACGCAAAACUAGGCGGCUACAGCUGAUCUUUGACCAAGGUUUGCCUGAUCGACCAAAAAGUCCUGUUGAAGCCAAGAAGGAAGGCGAGUCUUCCACCAUGUACACCUCUCUGCCCAUGAGUGAUGCACCAGAGAACAGCAGGCAAUCACAGAUGAUCAGGGGGAGGAUUUGUCACCCAAACAAGUCUGACACAUUUAACCAGCUGUGGACUGUGGAGGAACAGAAAAAACUGGAGCAGCUUCUUGUUAAGUUUCCUCCUGAAGAAGUGGAGUCCAGAAGAUGGCAAAAGAUCGCAGAUGAGCUGGGCAAUCGGACAGCAAAACAGGUUGCCAGUAGGGUUCAGAAGUACUUCAUCAAACUGACUAAAGCUGGUAUCCCUGUGCCUGGAAGAACACCCAACCUGUGCAUGUACACUAAAAAGGCAUCCAGCAAGAGGCAGCAUCACCUCAAUAAGCACCUGUACCGGCCGUCUACCUUCCUGACCUCCUAUGAGCCUCCGGUCUAUAUGGACGAUGACGAUGAACGCGCUGCGUAUUUCAGCAGCAUGCAGGACCCCUCUGCAGAUGACUCGGACGAGGAGGGGAUUCCUCUGGAGUUGAGAAAUUUGCCAGAGUACAAAGAACUAUUAGAGCUGAAGCGACUAAAAAAACAGACCCUGCAUGAGAUCCACGAGGACAAGGCCAGUGUGCGGCAUGUAGGCUACAAGUGUGACGUCUGUGGCAUGGAUCCCAUCCAGGGAGUGCGGUGGCACUGUCAGGAUUGUCCGCAAGACAACUCGGUCGAUUUUUGCUCCAACUGCUCGGACUGCUUGUUCAAGACGGAGACCCACAAGCCGAAUCAUCAUUUAGAACCGGUGCACCAGCCUGACACCUUUCUAGACAGAGACUACUGCCUGCCACAGAGCACAGGCUACAACUACCUGGACCCUAACUACUUUCCAGCCAACAGAUGACAGAGUCGCAGACGCCUCUAGCUCCAGGCUCUCUCCACAUAUCCCACAGGCCACUCUGUGCAUGGCUCCAUCCUCCAAGUCCAAGAUAACCGCUUAACCCGCCGCCAGGCAGGAAGGCCAGCAGGCAGGCAGACAGCCAGGGGGCCUCGGAGCAGACCACAGUGCUGCUGGUGGGAGGGGCUGUUAUAUUGGCCUCCCUGACUCAAGCAAAGGGCGGGGCCAUGUUGGUUCCUCAGAACAAGGGGGCCUUGCUCCACCUCAGCCAGGUCAAUAAAUGGAUCUGUGAUUGGAAAUGAUACACUAUUUUAAAAAACAAACAAACUAAACAGAAGGCACACCGACAUUCCCGAGUUCUGUGACCCCACCAGGGCUCCCCCUCCCCUUCCUCCUCAUCCCCUAGUGACCUCCCUGUGCUGCUUCGAACUGGAGACCUAACAGCCAGUCUGGUGAAGCGCCACCUAACAGAGAUGUGUGGUCAUACUGGACUGUGAAGUCAUCAACUGUGUGUGUGUGUGUGUGUGUGUGUGUGUGUGUGUGUGUGUGUGUGUGUGUGUGUGUGUGUGUGUGUGUGUGU